AUGCAGACGGACGCCGACUGUGACAGGCGGUGCGCACAGGGAGAAUACCAGCCCCAGCAAUGCGUUGGCGCAUCGAAAAAUGGUGUCCCCAGAGAGAUGGUCGCGUCGCGGCCCAUAUGCGGCCGGGUGCCGUUAGGCGCACUAGUCAGCCGCCGCCGCGUGACUUGUGUCCCAACCUACAGCACUUCCGCUCUCGGCCGACAAUUACAAACGGAAAAUUCAACUACACCAUACAGAACGGCCGAGACGAAAUUCGACGAAGCGGCAGCCAGGGAACGCCCGCGGCGCGCCAAUGUGCGUCGAAAGGCAUCACCAACAACACUAAUAAUUAAACAUUAUGCGAUGACGGAAAAUGGGGGCGAAUUUAACCUCCUGCCACUUUACACGUGGCGGCCUAACAUUUUUCUGCCCGACACGUCCGCAGGUUUACCGGGCGUAGUGGGACGUGUUCCGAUAAGAGACCAGUGGCACGUAACCGCCGAGCGCUGUGUGGCCGGCCCGGACAUGACGUCACCGCUGCACACUGACAGCCGCCAACAGCCGAGGCACACAGUUAAUCGUGGAUACGUGUGCGGACAACGAUUUACAGCACAAAGUGCCAGUCCUCCCGUGUAUUACCGAUCUAUGGAACAA